AUGAGACCUGAAUUGGACACUUCGACUAUUUCUGAAAAUACAGAUGACCAAAAUAUUAAAAUAAACACAGACUAUUUAAUCAAAAAUGAACCCCUCGAAAAGUAUCUUAAUUUUUAUUCGUCACAAAAUGAAUAUCAUGAUAAGGUUAAACAUGGAAUGGGAAAUAUAAAAUCUAAUAUUGAAAAUACUAACGAUAUUAAUAUAGGAUCUAAUAUUCUUAAUUCAAUCGAAUUUGAUGAUACAAAUGAAGAUGAUCUAUACAAUGAGUUUGGGAAAAAUGAAAUUGAAAAUUUUCGUUCCAUCAAAAAUAUUAUGCACAAUGAUUAUUUUGGGAGUAUAACUCCGCAUAAUAAAUUCGGUGAAGAAAUAGAUGAAUCAGAGACCCCCUUGAAUUUAGGACAAAAAAUAGAAUUAUGUAAUAAUGUGGAUUAUUACAAACGAACAGAAUCACUAACUGAAGACAAAUUUUACAAACAAAAUGAACAAAGAUAUGCUGAAAAAAUUCAAGAUGAUACUUUAAUUAUAUCAGAUAGAGAAUUAAUUCAAAGUAUUGGAAAAGAAGAUAAACAAACUUUAUGGAGCAAUGAAAAGACAUCAUUGUUUUUUAAUCAAAAUAUUUUAAGAGGCCCUAACGAGAAUUCCAAUAAGGGCAUUUCUACUCCUUCAAGUCUUCAGAAAGGCGAUAUAAUAAAAAAUGAUAAAAAUGAAAUAAGCUGUGGUGAAUAUAAUGAGUGUGCCUUAACACAUGAUUUUUUUGAAACUAUUGAAAAUUUAAAUACGAAGGUUUUCGAAAAAUAUAAUAAAUUAAAAGAGGUAUCAGAAAAUUUAAUAAAUGUUAUAAAUACAUCUGAUUUUGAAAAGAGAAUAAACAAUUUAUUAAAAUUAAGUGAUAGCAAUUCUGAGCUUAUUGAUCAGUUUAAAAAAAAAAGUGAAGAGUGUAUUCGCAAAUGUAGCCAAUUUGAAACAACAUCAGAAAAUUUGAUGGGGGAAUGUAUAAAUACAAUGGCCUAUAGCAGCAUUUGUUAUGGAGAAUGGAUGUGUUUACAUUCCUAUGAAAUAGAUUCGAUUUACAAAGAUUUAGAUAACUUAAAAGAAUUUGUUCAAAUAAACUGA